AUGGCGAAAGGAGGCUGUUUGUGCGGGAGGGUGACGUUCGAAUUCACCGGCGAACCUGUGAAGACGGUACUCUGCCAUUGUCUGAACUGUCGACGAAUAACCGGCACUGCAUUCUCUACCAACGUCAGCGUACCCUCUUCCUCCAUGCGUCUCCAAGGCGACCCAAAACACUUUGUCUUCGAUUCCGGUCAAGGGCCAAUCUUCAAAAUCUCCUUCUGUGGCGAAUGCUCGUGCACGCUGUGGAAGGAGAGCGACGCAGAGGGCUUCAAAGGCUUCCACUUCAUUCAAGCUGGCGCCUUGGGGCAGGAUUUCGACAACCAUCGUCCUGAUGGGGAGAUCUUCACGGGGUUUAGAUCGAGAUGGCUGGAUGCGAUCCAGGGCGUGAAGCAAUUUGAGGGCACGGAUGAGGGCCUCGACUAG